AUGACCGACUCAACGAAGGAAGCACCGGAUACUCCUAUCGCGACAGAAACACACUCCAUCGAUUGUUUAGAUAGAGAAGCUGAGAAAAAAGUUGUCUGGAAAUGCGAUCUCUAUGUCGUUCCAAUACUCUCUUUUCUCAUGUGUCUAGGGUUCCUGGACCGCAUCAACAUAGGGAACGCUCGCCUUCAAGGCCUAGAGAGAGAUCUCAACAUGAGUGGACAUGAUUUCAACAUUGCAUUGUUCAUAUUUUUUAUUCCAUACAUGGUCUUCGAAGUUCCGAGCAAUAUCAUUCUUAAGAAAGUUGCCCCUUCAACCUGGCUCAGCGGUGUUAUGAUAGGAUGGGGUCUGGUCACAGUUUUCCAAGGGAUCACCGAUAGUUUCGCUGGGCUGGUAACUUGCCGCAUCUUUCUGGGGAUUUUCGAAGCAGGAUUCUUCCCAGGUUGCGUAUAUCUUAUCUCCAUGUACUACAAGCGACAUGAGCUUCAGACAAGGGUCAAUUUUUUCAUCGCCUGCAGCAUCAUGGCGGGUUCAAUGAGUGGUAUUUUGGCGUAUUUCAUUGCAGGAAUGGAUGGCAUAUGUGGUUAUAGUGGCUGGCGCUGGAUAUUUAUCCUGGAAGGCGCUGUGACGGUGGUCGCCGCCGCAGUCUCGAAAUUUUUCAUUCCGGAUUGGCCUGAAACCGCAAAAUUCCUUACAGAGGACGAAAGGAAGAUCCUCAUACAUCGAUUAGCAACGGAGAGCGAAAAUUCGAGAAUGGAUCGGCUGGACAAACCAGCCAUGAAACGCGCCUUCACGGACGUGAAAAUCUACUUGGGAAUUAUAAUGUACAUGGGAAUUGUCAACAGUGGAUAUGCAGUCAGCUUCUUCACUCCCACCAUCCUCCAUGAUCUAGGCUGGACCGCGCUAAACGCACAACUCCUGGCCGUCCCAAUAUUCGCCUGCGGCGCCUGCUCGGCCAUGAUCACCGCAGUAAUUUCAGACCGAAUACGGCACCGCUUCACAUUCACCAUCCUCGGGUGCCUAAUCGCAUCCAUCGGAUAUACAAUCCUCCUAUGCCAACAAUACGUAUCCCUGGGCGUGCGCUACUUCGCGGUCUUCGCCAUCUCAGCCGGCUCCUUCAUGUCGCAUCCCAUCACCAUCACGUGGCUAAAUAACAACAUGGGCGGCCAUUAUAAACGUGGGAUAUCAUCGGCGAUGCAGAUCGGGAUCGGGAACUCCGGUGGCAUUAUCGCGAGUAACCUCUUCUUCCCGUCUGAGGCGCCACGGUACCCGACCGGGUACGGAGCGAGUCUUGGAUUGAUCUGGUUAUGCGCGCUUACGUGCAUUGUGUUCUUGCUGUACUUGUAUCGUGAAAACCGGCUGCGCGCGCAGGGGCGCCGCGAUCACCUCCUGCAGCUUCCCGAGGAUGAAGUUAAUAAUCUUGGAGACCACCAUCCUAGUUUCAAGUUUACGUACUGA